AUGGAGACGUUCCUGCUCUACAAACACUUCCAGAAGACCCCCCCGGUGAAAUCUGCCCGGCAGGAGCUGGCUGACUUCUGGCUGGGUUUCCUCCUCGAGGGCUGCCGGCCCUUCGUCCCCGCGUGGCGCUGCCCGUCCUUCCUCGCCGAGCAGGCGGCGGGCGGCGAGGAGGUGCCCAGUCCCACGCAGCCCGUCCUGGAGUACAGCUACGAGUACUCGGAGACGGGCGAGCGGGUGGUGCUGGGCCGGGGGACGUACGGGGUCGUCUAUGCCGGGCGCUGUCUCAGCAACCAAGUGCGCAUCGCCAUCAAGGAGAUCCCGGAGCGUGACAGCCGGUACUCGCAGCCCUUGCACGAGGAGAUCGCCUUGCACAAGCACCUGCGGCACAGGAACAUCGUGCAAUACUUGGGCUCUGUCAGCCAGGGCGGCUUCAUCAAGAUCUUCAUGGAGGAGGUGCCGGGAGGGAGCCUCUCGUCCCUGCUGCGCUCCAAGUGGGGCCCCCUGAAGGACAACGAACCCACCAUCGUCUUCUACACCCGCCAGAUCCUCGAUGGGCUGAGCUACCUCCACGAUAACCACAUCGUGCACCGAGACAUCAAGGGAGACAAUGUCCUCAUCAACACGUAUAGCGGGGUGUUGAAGAUCUCUGACUUCGGCACCUCCAAGCGACUGGCAGGCAUCAGUCCCAGUGCCGAAACCUUCACGGGCACCCUGCAGUACAUGGCCCCAGAAAUCAUCGACCAAGGGCCGUGGGGCUACGGGAAGCCGGCAGAUAUCUGGUCCCUGGGUUGCACCAUCAUUGAGAUGGCCACGGGAAAGCCUCCUUUCUAUGAGCUGGGCAGCCCCCAGGCCGCGAUGUUCAAGGUGGGCAUGUUUAAGAUGCACCCCGAAGUGCCCGAGUCCAUGUCGGACAAAGCCAAGGCUUUCAUCCUCCGCUGCUUCGAGGCCGACCCAUUACCCCAGUGCUGGCAUCAGGGGUUAUAG